CAAUUCUUUAUCAUCCUUCAAUUCUUCAUUGAUUUUCAUCUUCAAUUGCUUCAAUGAUUCAAACUAUGGAUGUCCAUGAAAAUCAAGAUUUAGAUGGGUUACCAAAUGUACCAUCAUCAAGAUACCGAAACUCGGAUGUUCAUGAUGCCAAUAUUGAAGAUGGUAAUCCGGCUAAUUGGAUUGGAAAAGACUUUGAUGAUCAAACUCAAAAAGAGUUAAGGGACCGGAUUAACCCAACUAGACGAGGUGAGGGUAGAGAUAAUUGUACCGCUCCCGUUUGGAAAUACUUCGAGAUAGAAUGGAUAAAGGAGGACGAUGGAAUUGAAAGAAAGUGGGCCGAAUGUAAUUAUUGUUUACAUUUACUAGCUGCGGAUCCAAACCGGAAUGGGACAACUUCAAUAAAUAAGCAUUUUAAUGGGUGCAAGUUAAAUCCAGACAACAUACCGAAAGAAGUUGAUGACAAACAACAAAAGUUGUCAUUUACGAAAGCUCCUAAUGGUGAGGGUCAUGUAUACACAUGGAAACAUGAUGAUACUAGGAUCCAACUUGCCUUGCUAGGCCUUUUCACUAUCGGCGAACUACCAUUUAAAUUCAUUGAAAACGAGGCAUUCAUAGAAUUUGUGAACGCCCUCAAUGGUAGGGUGAAAUUGCCUUCAAGGCAUAAAAUUUCUCGUGAUGUUGUGUCAUUCUAUUUAAUGGAGAGGCAGAAGUUGUACAAACAUUUGAGCAACCCCAAAACAGCCAUCCACUUGACAACCGACACGUGGACAUCCUCGUGUCAAAAGAUAAAUUAUAUGGUUGUCACAGCGCACUUCAUUACCGAAGAUUUUGUCAUGCACAAAAGGGUAGUCAACUUUAGAGAGGUUGAUACUCACAAAGCUGAAGACAUGGCCCGGGAGUUGCUAAUUUGCAUAAACGAGUGGGGGAUGAAGAAUGUCAUGACGAUGACCGUUGAUAAUGCCAAGACAAAUGACGCGACACAAUCAACAUCAUUGUGA